GGAAGAGAGGUAAUGGCGACGCCAACGGGGUUGAAGUCCCCUCGUACGUUACUAAGUCAAAAGAAGCGAAGUAAGAAUAUCCUGACGAGGAUACGACAGAGUCAAAUCACGGGCCAUGGAAUCACACGAGGAACACAGGUCCCAGAGGCGCUGCUUGUGGAGCGGGACAAGCAGGCCCGAUGGCAGGGCAUCCCCGUGCUGCUGCUCCGGCUCCAUGAGAGCAGCCACCCCAACAGCGACAUGUCCCAAAUACACAACGUAGUCAAGGACAUGUCAUCGCUCCUGUCCAUGGAGGCCAUGACGUUUGUGACCGAGGACAGGAAGACAUCUCAGGAGUCCACCUUCCCCAACACCUACACCUUCGACCUGUUUGGAGGAGUCGAUCUGUUAGUGGAGAUUCUCAUGAGACCCACGCUGACGACACAGAAAGAGGCGCCCAAGAUGAGUGACGACCUUGUUAAAGACUGUCUGAGCGUCCUUUACAAUUGCUGCAUAUGUACAGAUGGGAUCACAAAAAGCCUGGCGUCACGUGACGACUUCAUCAUGUUCCUCUUUACGCUGACGUCCAACAAGAAGACCUUCCUGCAGACGGCCACGUUGAUAGAGGACAUCCUGGGGGUGCGGAAGGAGAUGAUCCAUCUAGAAGACAUCCCCAACCUGGGCAGCCUGGUGCAGAGCUUCAACCAGCAACAGCUGGCCAACUUCUGCCGCAUUCUGUCAGUCACCAUCUCCGAGCCCGACGUGGCAGCCGACGACAAGCACACGCUGCUGGCACGCAACGCCCAGCAGAGGGCCAACGCCAACCCCUCCCGCGCCGAGCUCAACCAGGUGUCCCUGAUGAACAUCCCGGGCUUCAUUGAGCGGCUGUGCAAGCUGGCGACACGCAAGGUGUCAGAGGCCACGGGCACGGCCACCUUCCUGCAGGAGCUGGAGGACUGGCACGCCUGGCUGGACAAUGCGCUGGUGCUGGACGCACUCAUGCAGAUGGCCACUGAGGAGGCCGAACACAGCAGCACCGAGUCGUCGGAUGAGAGUUCCCUGACGGCGAGUCCACUGGGGGGCCACCGGUUACCGCAGUCCAUGAAGAUCGUGCAUGAGAUCAUGUACAAGGUGGAGGUGCUGUACGUGCUGUGUGUCAUGCUCAUGGGCCGACAGAGGAACCAGGUCCAUCGGAUGCUGGCCGAGUUCAAGCUGAUUCCUGGCCUCAACAACCUGUUUGACAAACUGAUCUGGAGGAAACACACAGCCAACCAUGUGCUGCACGCCCAGAACCAGAACUGUGACUGCAGCCCGGAAAUCUCCUUCAAGAUCCAGUUCCUCCGGUUGCUUCAGAGCUUCAGUGACCACCAUGAAAACAAGUACCUGCUCCUCAACCAGCAGGAGUUGAAUGAGCUCAGCGCCAUCUCGCUCAAGGCGAAUAUUCCCGAGGUCGAGGCACUUGUUAACACUGACAGAAAUCUGGUGUGUGACGGGAAGAAGGGUCUAUUAACACGCCUCAUUUCGGUCAUGAAGAAAGAACCGGCGGAUUCAGCUUUUAGAUUUUGGCAGGCUCGUGCUGUGGAGAGUUUUCUGCGUGGGGCCACCUCGUACGCUGACCAGGUGUUCCUGCUGAAGAGAGGCCUGCUGGAGCACAUCCUGUUCUGCAUCAUUGACAGCGGCUGCAAGUCUCGUGACGUGCUGCAGAGCUACUUCGACCUCCUGGGGGAACUAAUGAAGUUCAACCUGGACGCCUUCAAGCGAUUCAACAAAUAUGUCAACACGGUGGACAAGUUCCAGGCGUUCCUGAACCAGAUCAACAGCUCUCUGGUGGACUCCAACAUGCUGGUGCGCUGCAUCGUCCUCUCGCUAGACCGCUUCGAGAGCCAGACGGAUGACAUGAGAGUGGUGGAGGUGCUGUCUGAGUGCUGGCUGCUCUCCCACAUGGCUCGCGUGGACAGUCGGCUCCUCUUCCUCUUCCGACUAGUCAACAUCAUCAACGUCCAAACCCUCACUCAGGAGAACGUGAGCUGCCUGAACACCAGCCUGGUGAUCCUGAUGCUGGCGCGGCGGCGGGGCAAGCUGCCCUUCUACCUGGGCGCCUUCCGGGAGAAGGAGUACGCCGAGAAGUACCCCGGCUGCCUGCUCAACAACUUCCACCACCUGCUACACUUCUGGCAGCACCACUACCUCAACAAAGACAAGGACAGCACCUGCCUGGAGAACAGCUCCUGCAUCCCGUUCAGCUACUGGAAGGAGACGGUGUCGGUGCUGCUGUCCAGAGACGUCUCCUCCCCCUGUGCCAUAGCCAGCUACAUCGACGAGCCCUACCUGGACCUGGACAGAGACUUCCUGGAGGUUUAACCCCUUAUGCACCCCCCUGACCCCCCACACCCACAGGGGGCGACAGUCAACAAGAGGAUGGAGAGGAGGCUACGUAGAGAGUGAUUUUGGCCAGCAGGGCUGAUCACCAAGCAGACUGGGGCUCUACUCUCUCUCCUCUCUCACAGCCCUGCAGGUCACACAGCUCCAAUGCCCAGACGAUGGGAAUGUUCUUCAGGGAUUUAUUGCUGUAUAGACUGUGUGCGUACGCGCGUGUACGGUGUGUGUUAACUGUAGUGAAAUCUCGCACAAUUUGCUCUUGCAAAAGCAGAGUGUACGUGAGCUUGAAUGUAUGUCAGGUGCCUGUGUGAGGUGAGAUGCAUGAUGUAUGAGUCUUUGUAAAUCUUGGUAUGUGUGUUGGUGCUGUAGGUCUGUGCCUGCCUGCCUGCGCGUGCGUGCUUGCGUGUGCAUACAUGUGUGAAUGUGUGAAUUUGCAGCUGUGCGAAAUCUAAAGUAGCGAUGCUGUGUGUCUCCGGGCCUACAGAACGGGGCGAGCGUGGACUUUGCUCUCCACAGGCGCCACCCCACAUGCUUGUCCAACCGGCCGCCCAGCCCUACUCUGAACAACCAGAGUGGGGUCCACUCCUUUCCUUGUGGGGGUGAGGGGUGGUGUUUUUGUUGGGUGUCAAGAAGGACUUAAAAAAUAAAAGAAGAAGAAAGCCUACCGUCCCAGAACCCUCCACAACACACCGCCCCUUCACCUCUCCUUUUCAGAAGAACAAAAGAAAGCAAAACAAAAAUGAUUUCAGGGACACUCUUGUGGUUGUUUUGUUUUAUUGUUGGUUUGCUAAGGAUUGAUUUCAGCUUAUAUAUUUAAAAUAUUAUAUAUAUGCAGCUCCUUCACAGAUGGACAGAUUAAUAAGAAGUGUAAAAGUAAAAAAAAAUAAACUUGAUUUUAAGUAAAAUAAACCUGAUUGUCAUAGUCUGUCAAAUCACAA